AUGCAGAUUUGUACAUGGCUGAGUUUGAUAAGCUUAGGGGUCCGACUAUGAGGUUCAGCUUCUUGCGAGACCUUUACCCGAAAGCUGUUGCAGAGGGGCGGUACGAGCAUGCAGCCAGGAUGUACCUGAUGCAUCUUGUUGGCGCGACAUUGUUCGCCGACAAGAGUGGGGGGCACUCAUUCUCCGCCCGUUGGAUAGGCAUGCUACAGGAUCUUGAGCGGGUGUCGGAGUUCGCGUGGGGCGCCAUGGCCCUUGCCACGUUGUACGACCAGCUUGGACAGUCUUCUCGCAGCGGGGUCAAACAGAUGGGCGGUUACACUUCCCUGUUGAUGGCCUGGGUCUUUGAGCACUUUCCAGACAGGCUCGUUCGCCGGUAUGCGAACCCGGCUUACACAGAGGACCAGCCCAGAGCUCGUAGGUGGACAGAGUCACGGUCGGGGCAUGCUAGGCUUGACGAGAGGCGAGUACUACUUGAUGAGUUGACGGCCGACGACGUCACUUGGACUCCAUAUGAGGCCCACAGGGAAUGGCGACAGCGGGAUGAGAGGGCUUUGUUCUCAGGCUACAUUCGGUGUCCCUAUCCCCCUGCUGUGCGACCUCAUCUUCCGGAGCGGGUCAUGCGACAGUUUGGGUAUAUACAGACGAUCCCGCGCCACCCUAGUGAGAUGGAUAGAUCUCCCGCAGCUGAGGCUGUUGAUGCGGCAUUCGCAGGUUAUGUGCAGUACUCAUUCCCUGAGGGCGACCCUGCUAUAGAGGAGGGACAGGCUGUGGGCGGUUACAUGGAUUGGUACGCUAGAGUGUCUCAUUGUUUCAUCAUACCGGAUGAGAGGAGGAUUGAUCUCAGUGCCGUGGCUGCUUUGCGUAGGGCUUUAGAAGUCCUUGAGUUGUCACUUGAGGUGGAUGAUGCUUUGCUGCCAGGCACACAGGCCCGCGCUUUAACGGAGAGAGCACUUCGCAUCCUCCAGGACUUGGCUGGGACACAGGGCAUUGCUUACGCUGCUGGGAGAGGAGGUCUGGGAGCAGGUGGCCGAGUAGGUGGCCGAGCCGGCGGCCGAGCAGGUGGCCGAGCAGGUGGCCGGGAGGGCGGCAGGGCAGGAGCCAGGGGAGGUCGUAGGGGCAGUAUGACGAGCACAUUUUUCUAUGAUGAUGAAAUGCUGCUUCUAAAACAAGAUAAUGAUGUCAGUGAAGGAAUGUUGCUUCAACAACAAGAUAAUGUUCAGCCUAUAAGUGUGGAUACCACUCAUUUAUGGUCGACCGAUCAGAUAUUUGAAACUGUUGAUGACCUUAAACAAUGGGCUAAGAAUGUUGGGAAGGACAAUGGAUAUGCGAUUGUGACUGGAAGGUCUGAUUAUUCCAGAAAAGGUGGAAAUAUGUAUAUUGUUCUGCGGUGCUCGAAGCAUGGUGUGUACAUCCCGUACAAGGACCCUAAGUCCUUCAAGUACAACUCCACCGGAUCACAAAAAUGUGAUUGUCCUUUUAAACUUAAAGGACGACCUACGGAGGGUGAUAAAAAUUGGUGGCUGAAAGUGUUGGAAGGGGUACACAACCAUGAACCAGCUGGAUCUUUGGUUGGCCAUUCCUAUGCUGGUCGACUAACAGAAGAAGAGAAGGUUCAAGUCGACAGCAUGAAUAACAAUUGGGUCCCACCGAGACACAUGUUGGCCACUUUGAAGGAAAAUAAUCCGGGUAACUUGUCUACCAUCACUCAAGUGUAUAAUCGCAUCAAAAAAGUUAAAGAAUUAGACCGCGGGCCACUUACAGAGAUGCAAUAUUUGCUGAAGAAGUUGGCAGAAGCCAACUAUGUUCACUUUGAAAGACAUGAAGAAGAUUCGGGUGUCAUUAUGGAACUUUUCUGGGCUCAUCCUAAUGCUAUUAAACUCUUCAACACAUUCCCUCACGUGGUAAUCAUGGAUUGCACAUACAAGACAAACAAAUUUCAAAUUCCAUUGCUUGAAAUGGUUGGCCUCACUUCUACUGGUCUGACUUACUCCAUUGCAUUUUGCUACAUGACUCGUGAGCGCACACCUGACUAUGUUUGGGCCUUGGAGUGCAUGAAAUCUCUACUUGCUGACCCUGCCCGAUUACCUGGAGUGAUUGUGACUGAUAGGGAAUUGGCUUUACUCAGUGCUGUUCGGAAUAUUUUUCCUGAGGCUACCCAUUUACUAUGCCUAUUCCACAUAAACAAGAAUGUUGAGGCAAAGUGCAAAUUGUGGGUUGACACAACGGAUUUUAAAGCCUUAGUGAUGCAAAAGUGGAAUGAAGUGGUAUAUGCGGAAACAACUACACAAUUUGAGGAGGAAUGGAGCGACAUGUGUGAUAUGUGUAAGGAUCAUCCAAGGUUCACAUCGUACAUUUAUGACACUUGGUUGGUUCACAAGGAGAAAUUUGUGAAGGCAUGGACAAACAGAGUGAAGCAUUUUGGAACGACAACAAGUAACAGGGCUGAAAGUGCACAUGCAAGCUUGAAGAAGAUGCUUAGGAAUGGCAAGGGUAACCUGUGCGAUUCAUGGGAAGCAAUUGAUAGGUUGACCAUUGUACACCACAAUGCAAUACAAGCAUCGUUUGAGCGCAGUAUUAACAUUGUAGAGCACCGUUUCAAGUCUCCAAUGUAUAAGAAUAUGAGAGGAUUCGUUGCUAAACAUGCACUUCACCUAAUGUAUGAUGAACAAAACAGAUUUUGGGGUCAUGGUGAGAAAUGCGGUUGCGUGAUGAAAGUCACUCAUGGACUACCUUGCGCUUGUGCACUUCAGAGUAUUGCCUCAAUUCCGUAUGCAGCAGUUGAUCCAUUCUGGAAGAUACUUUCUUGGGAACAAGUGCCUGUUGUGGAGAGUCAAACCUCAAACAGUGGAUGCAUGCCGCUAGAGAUUGAGGCUUUGUGGGCUCAUUUCAAUACCUUGGAUGAUGCGGGCCAAAGUAUGCUGAGAAGGAAGCUUAAAGAGCUUUAUUGUCCUCAAAUCAGUUCAUUGUGUCCUCCUGAAGUGAAGAUAAAGCACAAUCAAUCGUCCAAGGAGAGGAAAACCAAACCUCCCAGAGGUCAAUCAAUAGGAUCCACCCAGCGUGACCUUUCACAUUGGGAACAUGUUGACAAUCAGACCAAAGAACAAGAAUCGAAAGCUAGCAAGAGGAAACCUAGGCUCACCAAAACUCCUAAAACAACUCCAACAUCGCAAGCUCCUAAGUCAAAGAACAAGAUGGCUAUGACGGCCACCGGCUCCAAAAUCUACUUACCGGAGUUGCCAUCUUUUUUAUGGCCAUAUAUACAUGAAGUGAUAGAUGUUGUCGGGGAUGGUAAUUGUGGAUACAGAGCCGUCGCUGCAUUGCUGGACCUUCAGAACGGUCAGGACGGUUGGCCUCGGGUUAGGGAAGAGCUGAUUGUAGAACUCACACUCUAUGAGAAACACUAUACACGCAUGUGGGGUUAUGAUGUGAGCCACUAA